GGCUACGGCAGUCUUCGCGAACGCUUCGUAGGGUCGAGUCGAGUGCUUUUUUUCGUCUUUAAGUUAUCGGUGUCUAAAUUUUUGUCGCCUUGUCUCACCUCACCUUCUUUUAUGAAAAAUAUAUUUCUCGGUUUGUGCUUACCUGAUAAACGAAUGUGAACUCGUUUCUCCACAUUUUUCUGUCAAUAAAUCGGAGAAAUCGGUGGAUUUUCAAAAUGAGAACGUCAGCAAACUGUGGAAAACGUACCAGCAAGAAGAAAAAAGUAGAGAGCGUGUAUGUGUGUUCAUCUUGCUGCUACAGCAGUCAACGAUUUUACAACGUCUCACGUCACGAAAUUAGAAUCCACACAGCAUCAGCGAAACCGCGCUAUUGUUGCAAAACAAAGUUCGUGACCAAAGGAGAUUAUUAUGCACACUGCCAGCAGCGUCACCCCAUUUCGCGUCCGGCGAGUUUGACAUCCAGGACAAAAUACCGAAUAGAUUUUGGGCAAAAAAUGAGCAGUCCGUCGAUCGGUUGGUCUCGAUACAUGUUCAGAGCUCGGAAAACCACGAAAUCGAUAAAAACGUACAAAGAAGAAGACACCGAAGAUGAUUUGGAAUCGAGCGAGGCAACGGAAUCUUCGACAUCUUCAGGAUCGUCGAGUUACAAGGGGAAAAAUUCGAUUGCCACCGCGAAUGGAAGCGUGGAUAACACGACGUCGUCGAAUGUUCAGCGCGUCGAUAACUCAGCGAGAAUCGACUUCGAUAAAUCGGCGGAUUUUUGCGAACCGUUGAACGAAACCCUGGAAAACAAUGCCGCGAUCGAUUCCGGAUAUUGCAACGAUUCCACAGUCUCAACGAGUACGGACGUGGGAGACGAAAAUUUGCCAAUCGGCAGUAUCGAUUGGUUCACGAAUUUUGCCAAUGUUAUCGAACAAACUCCGGAAAUCGGUACUAUCGAUUGGUACAUGGACUUGGAGAAGAUUGCGAAUGCACAAGUAACGAACGACUCGGUCGAUCGAAGCCCCCACCAAAUCAACGACGUUGAUUGGUGCACUAAUUUCGAGGACGUCGAAACUUCAAUGGGAGACAAUCAUCCGUUCAAUGAGAAUCUGCAAAUUGUUGCUCCUGUUUGGUGUCCAACGGAUCGGAAUCUUCACCAAAAAAACGACUUCGUCGACAAAAGUUUGGAAAACGUGGACAACUCGGAAGAUAAGAACGGAAACACGAACGAAAAUUUCCAUGAGCCACAAAACGAAGAGAGAAAUUUCAAAAAUCUACAAAUUCAAAACGAUCGCGUUGACAAAAAUUUCAAAAUCGAGGCCAUCGAAUGGCCCACCACGAAAUUCGGAAACGUCGAAACGAAAAACGACCUCGUCGAAGCAAAGUCAGACACCAUUGAAUGGUUGUCAACUUCCGAAGACGUUCAAAGCUCACCGGAAAAAAAUAGCAAAGCUUUCAACGUUCCUAAACCGUCGUACGAUUUACCAUUAAAGAAACGCUCGUGGCGCUACGUCGAAAACCUCCAAUCCCAUCGUCGAUCCGAUGCGAUAGUAGGCAAAUCAAUAGUCGAUCGUUUGCACGAUCGGCUCGUGUACAGAAGUUCGGUUGAGCCGAAACCUCGAAAGAAGUUUCGAGACGCCAAGAAAGGAAGCAGGAAGACGAAAUUUCAGACUGCUGAGGAAAUCAAAGAAAAUGUUCAUCCGUCGUCGCACUCGUCACUCAACAGCCAACAAAGUGAAACUAAAAUGGCAAAUGAGAAUCAGCUCGAGUCCGAAACCAUAAAAAUAGAUGUUGAUCCACGCAUCACUCAAGAUCAUCGAAAAUAUUUCGAUUGCUUGCUGAAUAAUAUUCCUUCUCUUUUUGAACUAAUCAAUCGCAUGGAUAAUUCACAAUUGUUGUGAAUCCUCAAAUCAAAGCGUCAUUUUUUGCUCUUUUAAGCAUUCUUCAUCGAACUCCGUAUACCCCGGUUUUUUUUUUAGUAGGCUAUAUUUGUGUCGAGUCGUCCAUUGAGCGUUCGAUAUUCUCAUAACACAAGAAUUUCUAUAUUUUUUAAGCAUUUUUAACUGCGAUCGACUGAAAUCAUGGUACCGCCUGCUCCUUUCUAUUCAAAACUACGUUCAUUUUAUCACAGGUUGUUAAGAUCAGGCAUGACAUUUUUAUUUUCUAUCACGACCGAAAUUUUCUUGCCUUUUUUGUAACGAAUAAAUUUAUUCGAUUUUUGCAA